AUGUCUUCCUUGAUUGAUCAACUCUCUUCAAUGCAUCUGGAAACGGGAAAUGAUAAUGACAAUGAAGGUGAUCCAAGCAAAUGCUAUGCUGAUAAACAGAACUGUCUGGCUGCAUGGGUAGAAGGAAAGUGUACUCCAUCGAAAUUAAGGAAGUCAGCCAAGGAAGUUAGUGCAAUGUUUGGCAUGGACUCCGAUGAAGAGGGAUGGUGCUUUUUCUGUGAAUUUAUUUACCUGUUUGUCCCAGGCAUAUGUAAGGCUGAGAUUGGGGGUUUAUUGGGCCGACGUUAGCAUUUUUAAACACAAUGCUUGGUAUAUUGGCAAACCGACCCACCUUCCCGCCUAUGGUACAUUCCUAAACCGAUCAAAUGGUAUCAACAAUGUGGACUCUAAUGCAGUGCAUAAAGUAUUUAUAUAUAUUGUAAACCAAUGCACGAUUUUAAAUAAAAAUAUUGGCCCUUAGUGGUGACAAUUCAAUACUA